AUGUUAGGCACUGAUAUGAUGAUUGUGUUUUUACUACUUAUUUCGACAUUAGUUUCAUCAUCAUCUUCAAUCAAAGAUCCGAUACCAUUUGGAAAUGAUCGAUUAAAUGAUUUUUUCUUUGUUAAAAAUGGUACUAUAUUUCAUCAAUUUAAUCAUGGAGCUUAUGGUGGUACAGCAAAAAUUGUUGUUGAAUCUCAAUAUAAAUAUGUUGAACAAAUGGAAUCUUCUAUUCGUGAAUGGAUGAAUGGUGCUACAGGAUAUCGUAAAUGUAUUAUAUCAGCUAAACAACGAUUAGCAGAAAUGAUGAAUAUUAAAAAUACAUCGGAUACUGUACUAGUUGAUAAUGCAAGUGAAGGAAUUAAUGCUAUUAUUAGAAAUUUAGAUCCACCAUUAGGAUCAUCAGAUUAUAUUUUAGAUUUAUCAACUGCUUAUGGUCCAUUUAAAGGCUUAUAUCAAUGGUUAGGUUCACGUUAUGGUGUUAAAACAUUGGAAGUGCCUAUUCAAUGGCCAGUUACAGGUCCUGAAUCUUUUAUUCAACCAAUAACUGCUGCAUUAGAAGCUAAUGCAUCUUCAAUCAAUAUUCGUGUUGCUAUAUUUAGUCAUGUAUCUGCAUAUCCUGCCGUUAUAUUACCAGUAAAACAAUUAGUAGAAUUAUUUCAUCGAUAUAAUAUUCCUGUUAUUGUUGAUGGAGCACAUGCACUUGGAAAUAUUGAAAUUAAUAUUGAAGAUAUGUCUAAUGUUGAUUAUUAUUUUACUAAUACACAUAAAUGGUUAUAUUCAAGUAAAAGUAGUGCAAUACUCUAUGUUCGACAUGAUCAUCAACAUUUAUAUGUACCAGCACCAGCUAUUGUUGAUUCAGCUAUGACUGAUGAUUUCGAAUCUAGAUUUAUAUGGACAGGUACACGUGAUCGAACACCUUAUUGUGCAAUUCUAUCUGCAUUAGAUUAUCGACAAUCAUUGGGUGGUGAAAAACGUAUUAUGAAUUAUAAUCAAGAUUUAGCACAAUAUGGUGGCCAAUAUUUAUCACGUUUAUGGGAAACAAAAAUUUUAUCACCAGAAAAUAUGCAAAGUGGAAUGACUAAUGUUCAAGUACCAACAACAAAUUUUACAAUAUGUCAAAUGUUAGUCAAUGAAUUAUAUAAUACUUAUGAUACAAUGGUCAGUGGAGCUAGUAAUAUUGCUCCUGAACUUGGUGAUAUUCCAUGUUAUUUGCGAUUAUCAGCACAGAUUUAUCAAGAGAAAAAUGAUUGGCAUGUAUUGGGUGCAUUGGUUAUGAAAUUAUUAAAUCAAUUUAAUAAUAACGUACCAAAAGAAUAUAUUUCAAAAUUAUAA